GGGCACAUGCAGCAGCUGUCCUUUGGCAUGUCAGCGGGGAGCGUCAGAGACUUGCUACAGAAAAGGUUCAGAACUGAGCCGAGAACUGCUGUGUGCAGUUUCCGAAAAGGUUCUCAUCGCUCCUGUCUUUGACCAAACCUGGGACCUGCGCAGCCUCGACCAUGGCGGAUCAGUACCAGUACAACACCAACGAGGAGAAGAUUGUGAAGGACAGCCACACCAAGGAGAUCGAUCUGAUUAACAGAGACCCCAAGCAAAUCAAUGAGGACGUGGUGAAGGUGGAGUUUGAGGACGUAAUCGCAGAGCCCGAUGGCACGCACAGCCUGGACGGAGUGUGGAGGCUCAGCUACACCACUUUCACCGUGUCCAAAUACUGGUGCUACCGCGUCCUGUCUGCUGUCUUUGGCAUCCCAGUCGCUCUGCUCUGGGGCUUCCUGUUUGCCUGCAUCUCCUUCUGCCACAUCUGGGCCGUGGUUCCCUGCAUCAAGAGCUGUCUGAUUGAGUCGCAGUGCGUCAGCCGCAUUUACUCACUCUGCAUCCAGACCUUCUGUGAUCCUUUCUUUGAAGCUCUGGGCAAGAUUUUCAGCAGCGUCCGCGUGGCACUGCGCAAAGAAGUCUAAGAACUCACUCUGCAGUUUGAAAUAUGACCAGAGAAAGUGUGGUAUGUGUGUGUGUGUGUUUUUUUUUUUACCGCGAAAAAAUAAUCCAUCCCUGGCAUCUUGCUUUGCAACCGACUCGUCCUCGUCUCACUGUAUAGCAUGCUGUUCUCCGCCCUCCGAAGUCUGAGCCAGAGAUCUAAAGCCUGACAUGCCCAGUGUGCAUUUAGCCAGCAGAAGUGCUGUGACAGCUGCAGCAGGCAGCCUGGCUCUCUGACAGCUCUGGCAGGUCUAGGUUGACCCAAGCAGAAGAAGGUCCACUGUCAUAAGGGGAAGCUCGGUAUUCACACCUACAGUGGUUUUAGAAGUUUACACACACACACACUCAAAAACACACAAUUUUGUGAUGCAAAAAAUGAGUUCACGAAGAAUCAUUUAAAGAAUGUUUUUGCUUCUAAUGUGGUAUAUGUCCUGUUAGAUCCAGAUGAAGAACAAACAAAUCUGUUAGGAGAAGAAAUGUAAGAAAAAUAUAUCAGAAAUGAAGUUCAGGUUUUCUAGGACUUACAUGACAUUUGUUCAUGUAUAUCCUUUAACAAAAGCCAGAGAGAUUACAAUUAUAUUUGCCGAAAGAAAAAGCAUCAAAGCUCAAAAACAAUAAUGACCAACAACAGUGAUACUAAAUGAACAGUCCCCCCCAGAGAAGAUGGAGUCCUGAAAGAUCUCAAAACAGCAUCAGUCACUUACUCGUCAGGAGUGUGCACCUCUUUACCGUUUGACAGAUUUGUUAUUUUCAGUUGAACGGGACACAUGACAUGUCAUGAGCAUGAAAAAUUUGGAAAUUAUUUAUUGCAGAUUGAUUGUUUUACAUGACAAAUCCUGACGUUUUUGCACAGAGACGUGUCCAUUCUCAAGAGGCACUAUUUAUGUAUCCACCAGAGAAAGCAAGAAUUCACAAAGAUGCACAAAAAAUACAUAAGAUAGAUUGUUUUAUUUGUGCAUUUAAUUUGGUUCCUUUCAAAAGUUUUUGCAUUGUUUUGUUACUGAUUUCCGUCAUGCUGUUCACUAUAUACCUCAAAGAAAUGAAAUGAAUUUUAAACAACUACUUUGUCCUGUAUUUUGGGAUUGUUUGUAUGUGCUUUAUACAUGCUUUGUUGUCUGUGUAAUUUAUAAGGACCCUUUAUAAUGCAGUACAGAAAAAUGAUUUUUAAAAAAAAUAGAAAUAGAUUUCCAAGUCUGUUAUGUACAUCAAGAUAUGACAUCUCUUAUAACAGUUUGUGCUAGUUUGGAAUAACAAACUCACAGUUAAGUAGAGGUUAGUGCAUGCAGUAAUUUAAUGCAUUUGCAAAAAGCUUUAGAAAUCAUCCCGCAACAAAGUGUUUUUGGAAUCUUCUGUCAUCCUGGAAGCGCUGACCAGAGAACUGAGACCCACUAGAGGAUGCUGUUGUGUGUUUUUCAUGCGUUCUUUCAUUAGACCAUUUCUUAAUGGUUCACUGCCACCACACCCUGCUUUGUUCAUAACAUUGCUGUUUUUCACUCUG